AUGCCUCUCACUCCCCGAAUGAACCCAUACACGCGAAUUUUGGCCCGAUUGUAUGAGGCCAUUAUAUCCCUUUGGAUCCUACGGCGUGUGAACGGUCCUCAUUUGGUCACUUACCUAAACGAUAACUAUUUGCAGGGUGUCCGCCGAAGAUUUCUCAAGAACUUGUGCUUCUUCUGCGAUUACAAAAAAGGGGGAGAAAGUACGACAGCAUUGGGCUUAGAGGAACAGGAGGGAUCAUGCGUUUUUUGGAUAUCCUCAAACGAGGGUGUAGGCGAUCAUGUUGUCCUGUUUCUAAACAAUGUCCUCGCGAUGCUGAAAAGAGUCGAUGAGUCGAAGAAAAACCGGGCAAGCGCAGUAGCAGAUCUGAUGGCCUACUAUGCCAAAUUCGCCGCCCCACGAAUGAAGAAGGAAACCAGAAUCUUACACAACGCUAUAAAAAGGUGCCUUGAAGUUUCAGAGGCUUCUUCUCCCGCAGAAGGUACAUGCGAGUUUUCUCCUGUAACGAGUCUGCUGCUCCACCUUCAAGAUUCAGCAUUUGAUAAUGUUGUUAUGUGCAAGAAAGCCUAUCAAGUUAGUCAUGAUCAUCAACUACAACUCCUUAAGCGCCUGGGACAAGAGCCAGAUGACUCCAUUGGCCAAGGUCCCGCGGCCCAGGCCUUCCGCGAUGCAAAACACAUGAUAGGCCGCUUGGCAGCACAUGCGCACGCUGUUCAUGAGCUUUUUGACGAUUCGGAACGGCUACAGAAACUUCUUGAAUCAUAUCGUGUAGACAAAGUCGAUACGCCUCUGCCCGCAUCGGUUCCUCCGGGUGACUCUCACACAACCUUAGCCGGCGUUCUUAAGCGCCUUUUACCGGCGAGAGAUGACCGUUACGAGUCCUACCUGUGUUAUCUCAAAAGAAUGGACUCUCAACUCGGCAUUGAAAAUACUCUUUGUACCAAGCUUAAACCAGGAGCAUUGAAGCCUUGCGUUCAUGCCGAGAUUCAAAUGCUACAUCACUUUCACGACACCAAUCGUCAAUAUUUUGCAAACGAUCGCUUUGUUGCUUGCAGCAAGUUUGCGUGCAUACUUUGCGAAUCGUUCUUCCGAAAUCACCCUGCGAGGGUCAUACUUCUUGACUCUCACCAAAAGACUUAUCCGAAUUGGGGUGCGAUACAACUUCCAAGAGGCGCGAGUGACCCAGGCUGGCAAAAUUGGCGCAAAAUCAUGAAUGAUGUGAUACACGACAUCAAAGCUAUUGUUGUGGAUCAAAUUUCUCAGCAACUCGUGUCAAGUAUGAACCAUCCUGACUCGAUUUCCCAGUUUACGGCCUCUGUGGACGAAGCGCAUGACUCUACAGGCUCAGAAACAGAUUACUUUGAAUACUUGAGUAGUGAGUCAGAUGAUUGUAAGUGUCCCAUCUCUAUGGUCGUGUUCUUAGUAGUUAACCAGAGGAUAACCACAGCACAUAGCUCAACCAGCACCGAGCUGGCUGUUCAACUAGCACAUACGUCUGUCGAAGAUCAACAGUUUUCAGACGACGACGAUGGAGAACAUGGCGCUCCGCUUAACCAAUUUUGCCCAAAUGUAUAA